AUGGUGAAACGACAUGGACUCUGCUUCAACUGCCUUUCAUCGUCGCACAUGCUUCGUGCCUGCACCCGUGGGAACUGCCGUCAGUGUCAACACAAGCAUCACACCCUGCUGCAUCCAGUGAGAGUGAACAGUGCGCCAGUUCCGUACAAUCCACAAGUGCCGAAUCGACCAUCAAAUCCCAUCAAUCAACAACAACAAAAACCACAACCACAUGCCCAGAACACGACCACACCUACCCACCAGCGAAGUUCACAUUCAAGCUCGUACCCAGUAACACUGCAAUGCAACCCACUACACACCACAGACCCUUCCAUCGAUACACAUGCUUUACCUGUUAACACCUACACCUCACUUCAUCAAGUUUUUCUUUCCACCGCCUUGGUGCGCGUUACUAAUCGCCAUGGGAAUUUCCUUUUGGCUAGAGCACUUCUAGACUCGUGCUCGGAAUAUUGUUUUAUUACCACGAAUCUUUAUCAAAAAUUGAAUCUUGUUGAAGCUUCUAGCUUCCUGACUGUUGCUGGCAUUAGUGGUUCGGUGGUUCAGUCCAAAAAACUAGUCAAAGCUACUAUUCUUCCGAGAGAUCAUUGUAUUUCGUCCUACGUGGAGAUGAUUGAUCUUCAUGUUCUUCCGAAGCUCACUUCUACGCUUCCCACUCAAGCAGUUAGCCUGAAUCAGCUGAAAAUUCCGGCAGAUCUUACUUUGGCAGAUCCAGAAUUCCACCAGCCAGGACCGAUAGACCUCAUCAUUGGAGCUGAGCACUACUACGAUUUGCUUGAGGAUGGCCGUAGAAAACUGAACGAGAACGGCCCGACGAUGCAGAAAACUGUCUUCGGUUGGGUUAUUUCUGGCCGAGUACCCGAUAUCACCUCAGUUAGUCCACAGUCUGCUGCCUAUCCAUGCGCAAAUGUUGAGCUACGAGAUAUGGUAACAAGAUUUUGGGAGUUGGAAUCCUGCUUUUCCAAAAGCUUAUUGUCUGUGGAGGAAUCUGCUUGCGAGGAGUUGUACGACAAAACGACUUACCGAGAUGCAGAUCAACGCUACGUAGUUUCAUUGCCCAAGAAAGGCUACCUCAUCGAAAAACUCGGAGACUCCAGAGCCACUGCACUUCGAAGGCUUGAAGGUCUUGAACGACGUUUAGCGAGGAAUUCAGCGUUGAAGCAGCAGUAUUUUGAGUUCAUCCAAGAAUACAUCGACAUGGGCCACAUGAUCGAGGUCAAGGAGAAGUCGAAUCAGCAGGCAUACUAUAUGCCCCAUCAUCCUGUUCAGAAACCCGACAGCACCACCACCAAGUUGAGGGUAGUCUUCGAUGCUUCUUGUCGAACAACUUCGGGGGUUUCGCUCAACGAGGCACUUAUGGUUGGCCCGGUAGUGCAGGACGAUCUGCUAUCUAUCGUUCUUCGGUUCCGGUUUCGCAAAAUCGCAAUUGUGGCAGAUGUUGCGAAAAUGUAUCGCAUGGUGCGCAUGAAUCCAGCUGAUCAACCGCUUCAGCACAUCCUGUGGAGAUUCUCACCAGAAGAACCUGAGAAGUCGUACCAGAUGACAACGGUCACUUACGGAACUGCGUCAGGGCCAUACUUGGCGACCAAAUCCCUCCAACGUUUGGCCCAGGACGGUGAGAGCAGCUAUCCAGCAGCAGCAGUGAUCAAGAAGGAUGUUUAUGUCGAUGAUCUGAUGACAGGAACUGAUGACCCAGAAGUAGGUGCCCAGCUGGUAUCAGCUGUCAAUACUUUGACCAACUCUGCAGGAUUCGUUCUUCGGAAAUACUGUUCGAAUAGUCCUGAAAUAUUAUCGAAAAUCUCUCCAGAGCUGCAAGACGAAAGGACAACACUUGAGCUUGAUUCGUCGACAGCGACAGUGAAGACGUUAGGAUUACUCUGGGAACCAUCAUCGGACAGCUUCAAAUUCGCAGUGCCAGUCUGGAAUUCUGAUGCUUGCGUCACGAAAAGAUCCGUUUUAUCCGACAUCGCUCGUGUUUUUGACCCUUUGGGAUUAAUUGGACCAGUAGUUGUUCAGGCAAAAAUAUUUUUGCAACAAAUUUGGAAGCACAAGUCUGAUUGGGAUGAUCCGCUUCCAGACGAAAUGAAGAUUUUCUGGGAGGAGUACCGCCGCAAUUUGAUUGCUUUAGAAUCGUUUUCUGUGUCCAGGUGGACGGGCUAUCUCAACAACUUGACCAGUGUAGAGCUCCACGGUUUCUGCGACGCUUCAGAAGCCGCAUAUGGAGCAUGUAUCUACCUUCGCUGUACAUCAGAUAAAGGGUCAAUCACAAUCCGGCUUGUCACAGCAAAAUCUAAGGUAGCACCCUUAGAAGAUUUGGCUCGCAGGAAGAAGAAGCAAUCGAUUCCCAGAUUAGAACUAUCAUCUGCCCUUCUAUUGGCCCACCUGUAUGACAAGCUGAGGCCAAGUAUUCCAUUAACGAUCUCUGCGUAUUUCUGGACCGACUUCAUGAUUGUCAAGUACUGGCUCGCUUCACUUCCAUCCAGAUGGCAAUCAUUCGUGGGCAACAGAGUGUUGGAAAUACAACACAUCACCAAAGGCGGAAUUUGGAAUCACAUCUCAGGGACAGAGAACCCAGCAGACAUCAUCUCCAGAGGCAUGAGUCCGGCGCAGCUGCAAUACCAGUCACUGUGGCUGGAGGGCCCCAGCUGGUUGAAAUUCGAUAGAUCCGCCUGGCCAACAAUCGUUGAACACCCAUCAGAAAUCGACAACUCCAUGCUCGAAGAAAAACCAGCAGCAGCCUUGCCAGUUCAAGCUCAUCCACCAAGUUUUAUAUUCGAAUUGCAUUCCUUGUUGCGACGAAGCCCUGCAAGCACUAGUUAA